CUUCUUACUGGGCGGGCCCUCGUGAAGUCGCUGGCCUCGUUCCUCCCCAGGGGGAAACUCGCCACCCUGGAAACACCUCACUGGAGGACGGGCCACCUGGGCCUUGGGAAAGAUCCACGCUUGAGGCAAGGGGCAAGAAAGGGAAGGAAGGAAGGCAGUGAGCCCCGAGGGGCCCUCCAAGCCGGGAGGGGAGUCUCUGGGCUGGGCGCCGGGGCCAGUGAAGCCCUUCGGCGACCAGUGGUUCUCCCGCGCGGUGCUGGACCAGCUGCACCGCGCUCACCUGGGACCUUGUUAGAAAUGCAAAUUCUCUCGGCCUCACCCAGACCUACUUAAGGGGAAGCAGUGGAGUGGCGCCCAGUAAUGCGCGCUUUAAUCAGCCUGCCAGCUGCCCGGUCACCCGUUCCUCGGCCCCGAGCCAUGAAUCUCAGCAGCACCAGCAGCACGGCCGAAAAGACAGUGACGACCGUGCUCUGGGGCUGUGAGCUCAGUCAGGAGAAGCGGACUUGGACCUUCAAGCCCCAGCUGGAGGGCAAGCCCGACUGCAAGCUGCUGCUUCACACGAUUUGCCUGGGGGAGAAAGCCAAGGAGGAGCUGAACCGCGUGGAGAUCCUGCCCCUCGCGAACGCGGAGGACAAGAAGGCGCAGCCGGUCACCAUCGCCUCGCUGCAGGCGUCGGUCCUGCCCAUGGUCUCCAUGAUGAGAUUUGAGCUUUCUCCUCCAGUCACUUUUCAGCUCCGGGCUGGCUCAGGACCCGUGUUCCUAAGUGGCCAGGAAUAUUAUGACAUUUCAGACCUAACCUGGGAAGAGGAAGGAGGAGACGAGGAGGAAGAAUCGGAGGAGGAGGAGGAAGAGGAGGAGGAAGAGGAUGAGGAUGUAGACAUAUCUGUGGAGGACAGCCCUGUCAAACAUGCCAAAAGGCCAUCAUCGAGCCAGAAGCAGACGAGCGUUGCCAAGAAAAAAAAGCUGGAAAAAGAAGAAGAGGCAGCGAGACCCAGUGCGAGAGACAAGAGCCCAGUGAGGAAGCCCAAACCCACGCUCAAACCCAAGAAGCCAGUGUCUAAGAAAUGAGGAGCCGGGGCCUGAGAGACCCCCGUGCAGAGCGGGCCUUCCCCGGGCUGUGCUGCGUGUGCAGGGUGCCCCCCGCCCAACCCUCUCCCUUUGAGCCUGCAUGUGACAGGGGUGUUGGGGGAGGUGACACCACAGCCUCUCACCCCAACUCUCCUUUUGCAGGAGGCCCUGGGGAGAAGAGCCUAACCUCAGGGCCACAAUAAAGUUUGCUUUGUCAGGA